AAUAAGCAUAAAGAAAUAUUUAUGUUUCUUAUGGAUGUAGCAACUUGCUAACGUUAGUGGUCUCCAGACCGUGUCCACUGUUAUUUAGUUCUUCAUUGUAAAUGCAGUUAAAAGUACACAAACUCGAUAUAAUACAGCAGCAUGGUAUUAGCCAUAUAUAGAAAAAGCCCAUCUAGGAACAAGUGCUGCGAAUUAGCUGUUGCUAUUGCACUAUGAUGUAAACAUGAGACUGCUGUUUUGUUCAGUUUGUCUAUGUCGCUGUAUGUCUGUCCCUACCAAAUAAACCAAUUAAAUUAAAUUAAAAAUAGUAAGGUCCGUUACAGCCUUAGGCACUGCUUAAGGCUGUGGUCCGUUAAGGUCCGUUACAGCCUUAAGUAAUUUGUGUCGUUCGUAAUACAUAUCGUCUGUUUGCAUGAAUGUGAUGUGCAACAUUUUUUCUUUACUUUACUUCUAGCACAACAGCCUGUUCCAUCCUGCCCUGCACCAGCCCUCAGCACCUUCCUUGAAUACAGAAAAAAGAAAAAUGAGGAGCGACAAAAGUAUUCUCUUGGGAAAAAGGGGUUAAAGCAAAAGGAAAAAAUGAAAGUUCGGAUAAAUAUUGGCUUGAUGACCAUUCACAAGGAUGGUCUAAAGCCACAGCGUGGAAAAACCAUUUUCCUUGCAACAGAUCCAGAUGUCUCUGCCACACCUCUGCUCAGUCUUGCUGCUAAAAAAAUGAAGGACUUCAACAAAGAUAUAAAAGAUGGACCUUUCCUCCUUCUGUACCCAGAUGGGACAGAGGUUAUUAAUAUCCCUGGGACACAAACACCGUUUACUCUUGCAGCUUAUAAGGCUGAAAUUGGCAAGUCAUACCAAAGGAUCUCUCUUUUCCUCUGCUUGAAAAGGGACUUUGAAGAAGUUGGAAAAUUGUCAGACUCGUCCGAUUCUGACCCAGAGGUUGUUAUUAGAAAAAACUCAGAGUUUGAUCUUGCUGAUACACUGCCAUGGGAACCUAUGGAUGAAAGCAGUCCUUUGCAAAAGGUGGCAGAAACAGAGAAUGGUGUUGGGGAUCUUGUACUUGCAAAUGAAGUACAACAGGUUAUGGACUUGGAUAACAAUGGCAACAAUCCAGGCACCAGUCAAUGUCUCACUGUCCAGAGCUCCUGUUACAGAGACUACACCACUCUCUUUGAGCCCAUUGUUAUUGAUGAUGAUGAUGAGAUUGAAUAUUUUACAGAAGACAAAAAGCAGGACCUGCCCCCAGAAGAACAUUUACAAACAAACGUGCAGCCACAUGAUAUUAUUGCAGAACUGGCCAAGAAUAUUGACCACAAGAAAGUCAGCCGGUUCAACAUAUGUCGUACUGAUGUGUGGGAUGGAGCUGUUCGGGGCUUUCAGAGGAGCACAUACUCCGACAAGAAUGACAUGUUCAUCAAAUUUAACGAUGAUGCUGGCUGUUUGGAGGAAGGGUUGGACACAGGUGGCCCGAGGCGUGAGUUUCUCACGCUUCUUAUGGCCAUUCUGAGAAAUCGUCCUAUCUUUGAUGGACCCCCAGAAGCUCGUUACGUUGGGUGCAAUUCGAGAGCUGCCAGGGAAGAUGAGUAUUUUUUAGCAGGAAAGAUGAUUGCUGUAUCGAUUGUACAUGGGGGACCGGCACCACAUUUUCUCUCAAAGAACCUGGUCAACUACAUGAUAGGGAAUCCAAGUUUCAGCGCCACUGUUGAAGAUGUUCAAGAUGAGGAGAUAGGGAAAGUUCUAAAGCAGGUAGGAAAUGACCUAGGUUUAGGAAAUAGAUUUAUUGUAUGUCAACUGGAGAUUAUUUUCACGUUCAGAUUAAGAUUAGGAAAUUAUUAUAACAAAAUAGUAAUUUCGUUUUCUCAAAGCUUGACAAAUCUUUUUGUUUUCAGCCUAUCUCAAAAAAUGUGAAAUCACAAUUGCACAAAAUGUUUAUGCUA